AUGGGGGGGCCCCUCAGCGAGCACACCAACACACCAGGGCCCCUCAGCGAGCACACCAACACACCAGGGCCCCUCAGCGAGCACACCAACACACCAGGGCCCUUGAUUGAGCACACCAACACACCAGGGCCCCUCAGCGAGCACACCAACACACCAGGGCCCUUGAUUGAGCACACCAACACACCAGGGCCCCUCAGCGAGCACACCAACACACCAGGGCCCUUGAUUGAGCACACCAACACACCAGGGCCCCUCACCGAGCAUAUUACCACAUCAGGGCCCCGGAACCAGCAUAUUUACCCUCCAGAGCCCCUCAACAAGCAUACGAAAACACCGGAGCCCCAGAACAAGCAUUACACCUCACAAGAGCCCCGGAGUGAGGAUAGUAGCACAGGGGGGCCCCGCAACAAGUAUAAUGUCACGCCAGGCCCCGAUGAAGCCUAG